CGUUGCGUUCGCGAGUUGUGCAAUCGAAUGUUUUCAACGAAAUACCGAAAAAUUACCGCAGUGGAUGGUUUUGGAAGUUCAACCUCUAAAGGGAUCAUUUGUGUGACGGGACAGGUAUCCUUCCUACCUGUGAAAGUGUGUGCUGAGUGGUUCUUUUGUUAAAAGCAGUCAAUUAGAAGAAUGGUUCUUUUUUCGGUACUGGCGGCAAGGACAAAGGAUUAAAGUGGACUUCAAACGUAUUGACUUCGUUCGAUGGAAAUGAAACGCUCAUAGGAGUAAAAAGACGUCAAAAGCGAAAAAACAUAAAACUUAAUGCAACUUCACAACCGACAUAACUAUAUGGUGAGAAUUCCCUUAGCUAUUGUCAGACGCAGGAGAAUUGUGGAAAACGAAACGAAGAGUCGAAUAAAGACCCUAAAGAGGACGGAAAACGGUGAUUUUGAAUAGCGAAGAAAUAGAUUACUAUGCGCUUAUCAUAGUACCAUCAUCUAUGCUCGUCUCGCUCUUCCCAGGUUGUGGUUUCAUGGACAGAAGAUGGAUGCACCGGAGGUGGAUGAGGCUCGGCCCUAGUUCGGUAGCGUCUAGGGAGUCAGUUGACGUUUGGAACUUGAGGUCACAACGUUAUACGUGGGAGUGAAGCGUUAAUCAAGUGGAAAAUUGAGCACGAAACUCGAUUAUGUCUUCUGUUAUGUUGUGAAUCGCAUCAAAGAAUCUCAUUGCCCCUCAAACCACAAUAACGAUGAUGACAGUUUGAUGCAGUAAAUGAAAAAAUAAAAUCUUUUCCCAGAAAAAAAAAACAGUGCGUCGUGCUAUUGUUUAAACAAGUGGUAGAAUAGAAUUGUGCGCAUCAAAGUGAAACCGAAAGAAUAAAAUGAAGUUUACACUCUUCCGAAAGAGCACUUAGUUUCAUCCCUCCGAAAAAAGAUUCGUAACAUCAAUGAAACUGUGCAGAAGAAAAAAUGCUUCCAAGGAAUGUAGUGAAAGCUAAGCUAGUAUCAUCUUUUCGUAUUGUGCUGUCUGUGUUUUUGACCAUCAUCAAGAGUGUGUGAUUCGAAAGGCAAACCGUGAGUCGGCGAAACCUUCUCCGCUACAUCAAGGAUAGCCUCGCUUCCGACCAAGUCCGUUUGGAGAGUUCUGACACACGCCGCCACGUUCUGCGUGCGGCCGUGAGUCGUGAAAAUCGUUACAAUGAAGGAUGCCUGGCGAAUAUUCCUGCUGUUGAUGAUACUGAACCCAACGCGCUUGACUAGAGCGGAACCGCAAUAUCAACAGCAGCUGCAGCAACAACAGCAACAAACGCAACUGCAAUCGCAGGCGAAUUAUAUCAAUAAUAAUUUGAACUACAACAAUUAUAAUAAUGGUCAACAGCCGCAACUGCAACAACCACAGCAAGCUUCACAGCAGCAGCUGCAGCAACAACAGCAAUAUCAACAACAACAACCGCAGCAAUUCCAACAACCAACUCAGAGGCCUUAUCGAUAUCGAUCUCCGACAACGACAGCUGCGCCAUCAUUUCUAGAACGCAUUUCCAGUUGGUUUAACUUUUUUGGGGAUGAUGAAGAUAGAAGGCAACCACCACCACCACCUCCGAGACAACCAAGCCCUUCUAAUGCACCUCCACCUCCGCUUCCUGUACCAGCUGCUCCAUUACCCCUGCAGCCACAGCAACCACAACAGCAGCAGCAGCAACAAGUAGUUUUUCCGAAUCAACCAUACAACCAAGCUCCUCAGGCACUUAAUGAUCAACUGCAAAGCGGAAACAGAUCACCGUUAUUGAGUACUAGCUAUGGGCCUCCAAAUUUCGUGAAUCCUCAACCCACUGGUGGCUUUCUGCCUAUGCAAAAUUCAAAUGUAAACAUCCAGGGAAGUGGCACUAGCUAUCAUGCCGUUGCAAAUUCCUAUCAGGCGAGCAAUGUUAUUAAUGGUAACUUUAACAACAACGUUGCUGCCCAAGCACCUGCGAAUCAGUAUCAACCACAGCCGCAGCAAUUUUCACAUCUACCUUCUACGCUUCAGCAGCAGCAGCAGCAUCAGCAGCAACAGAAAAUUAUUGGAGCACAGCAGGAUCCAAGAAUACUGAAGCCAUCGCAACCGGUUUCACAGGUUAAGCCUUAUAGAGACCCUGAGCCAACAACCCCCUUCCCAGAAGUAGCUCCUGCUCCACCCGGAGUAGAUCAUGAAUUCGAUUACCAUCCUUGCAACAAGUUGUCGUGGGUUCCGAUGGCUGCUCCCCCAGGGCACUUUCCGGGUACCCAAGUGCCUCCAAUUUCCAUCCCUCAGAAUACGAUACUUCCUCCGAGGCCCAUCAAACUAGAAGUACGACCGAAAGGUCAAGUCCAUUCGGUAGCUUCUUAUCCUCCAGCAGGAGCAAAUGGUAGCCAAGACCCACCGCCAAUCGUAACAGCACCUCCCCAAGCACAACAACUAAUUCAGCUGCAACUUCAACAACAACAACAGCAGCUACAAACCCUCCAAUUGCAACAGAUUCAAUUCCAGCAGCAGCAGCUACAACAACAACUCCAGCAGCUUAAGGUCAGUACAACUCCCCAUCCGCCGAUACCAACACAACAACCAUCGGCUGAUCCCUUCGUCCAAUCUGCUGCACCCGCCGUAGCACACUUUGUAACCCGCAAACCCAACCCACCGCCAUCGGCGGCUCCGAUCACCUUCCGCCAAGUAUCGGCCUCAUAUUUCACCAACAAGGACUACAACCCACCAGCCAAAAUCCUACCGAUCCAGAAUGAAGACAAACCGCACGCCCCGAUAACACUUCCCAACCUAAGUGCAUCCCCGGUUCCACCGCUCUACACAGCGACUUCCUUCCACACCGACCCGUACAAAUUCUAUCGACCGUACCGACCACGUGAUACGAUCCUCGAACUGGGCUACGGAUAUCCACAAUCCCAAAAAUCCAUGUCCGAUAGCUAUACCCGGUACAACCAACAGUCGGAUGUAUCGGGCAAUAGAAACAGAAACUCAAUCUUCGAUGUCGAACAGGUCGCAUCAUCGUCUUCUGCAGUUUACACCACCGUGGCCUACACCAGCGAGGACUCCAAGCCAGCUGCAUCGGAGCUACUCCGAAAUGUUGAUUACUCAAACGGAACCAACGAUCUGGUGGACGAAGAUGAAGACUAUGAAUCAGAGGAAGACUCCCUAAUCACAGGAGUUACGGUUACCUAUCCGGUCGAAGUGACCAGCGCAGUACCGAAGACUCGCUACUAUUCCUCUCGGACAACAACUACCGAAAAACCGACCACGUUUCCCUCCCCUCUGAAUCCACCAUCCGGGUCAGAUGAGCUGGGAAAUGGACUUCAAAUAAUUUACUCUGCCAACCUUCAGACGACUUCACCACCGACUCAAUCCGCAAGACAGCAAACUACCGACGCUCAUUCGAGCCACUUAGACGCUCAUCCACAAAUCAGUCAUUUCAACAAUCUGCUCAACGAAGAUGACGAUUCCCCGCCGAAACAAACGCUUCCCAUAACGUUUUCAACCCGAGCGCCUCCAACCAAACCGGUUUCUGUACUGACAACAUUCAAAGUUGGCACCCAAGCACCGACUAGAUUCCAACGUUACACGACUGAUACUUCUUUCACGGAAUAUACGACACCAGUGCCAAUCACUAUUACCACCGUUCCACCUGUCAGUUCACCACGAUCCACAUCGUUGACAGCCGCCAUUGGAGGCUACAAAAACAUAACCUCCACCAAGAAACCAAAACAAAUCCAAAUCAUCAUCCCGUACAGUACCUACAAAAAACCAGAGCCAUUUAAGUCCAAAGAACCCAAGCGCCUGACCGAUAGCUUCCCGGAGGAAUCCAACCUUGUGACCGUAAGCUCCACAGUCACAACCACUUUGCCCCCAAAAUCACGUUUCGUAACCCGAGAAUUCAUGAAGUACUUCCAAUCCACUUCCAACAUCAAAGACAUCCUCCGAAAAGAGACUACGAAACCAUUUUCUCGACCUCCCACAAGCGUACCGGAAAAACCUUUAAAAACGAAAAAGGUCGAACCGGUAAAAGUUUCCAAGGACUCAAAACCAUUCACACUACGAAUACCCAAAAUGACACCAAUGCCACCGGUGUUCAAUCUCACCGGAAUGGUGGUGGAGCACGACGUGGACCAUAAAGUGGACCACAGCACGACCCCACCUCCAACGCGAACUUUCCGACCGACCAUCACCAUGGCACACCCAUCGAAAUUUACGCCCCACUAUGUCAACACCAGCCGAAUUCGACCGUACCCGACAAGCCAAGCCCAUGCACCGCGAACAACGAUCGCUCAACUUCUACGGACGACAAAAAUCGUCACGAAACCACAAAAUUCUUACGAUGAACCCGAGUACAUAACUCGACCACUGCCUCCGAUCGUCUACCGACGAACAACGGUACCCACGACGACGUCGACACAACCGGAAACGACACCGUUCCCGAUCUACGAACGCAGCGAAUCGGACAUCGAUCCGCUGCUGCUUCAGCGACGCAUCGACACCUGGACCGAGCAGCAGUUCUCCAGCGAUGACUACAUCCGAAAGUCCAGUACCAUCCCGCUGCACCGUGUCACCAAAGCGAUUCCGUGGGAGUUCCUCACUUCUACGAUGCUACCAUCGCUGCGGGAUCGCACCAAAGGCCGGGACUACUGGCGCAAUGUGAAAAUCGCCAUAUCCCCCCACACGAAGGAGAAGGUCUACGUGGUGACACCACAACCCUGGACCGUAAUCAUCAACCGGCAGACCUUCUCGUCGCCGUCUCCAGCGCCACCAGCACCGUCGUCGCUGUCUACACGCUUCAGUAUCCGACCGACUCCGUUGAAUCAACAGCGGGCGGACGCCUUCGCCAGUGGGAUCGUGCGGCCCAGUGGCAUCAGCACCGGUUCUACCGUAGAUGUUUCACCGGAAUCAGUAAACGAUCUGGUGGAACACAAAUCGAAGCACCGGAGCUCCCUGCUGAGUGCGGCCGCCAAGCUGAAGCAGCGGAAGUACGUGCGAAAGAAAACAUUCAACGGCGGAGGAAGUCCUGCGUCAGUACCAUCAUCGUUGUCCAGCGAUGAAUCGUCCGGGGAGGCGGCGGUGUAGCACAACCAGAGUCAACCCCCAAACCGCCAUCAUUUCCGCAAGGAAGCAGCAAUUCAAGCAGCCAAAGCAAGUUUAACACUAACACACCUACACGUACAUGAACACACAUUCACACAAACAUAGAAAGAGGAAAAAAUACAAGAGUAUAUAAGCUGAAUAAUUGAUAGAAGAUCUACAAGUUGGAUUUUAACUCAGUAGAUGGUGCAAAUGACGGUUAUGAUGAUGAUGAUUAAGAUGAUGACGACGAUAACUUUAACUUCAUUUGGCGCAAAGGAGCAAAACGCCGGGAAGCAGGUAGAUAGUCUCCUUUCUGCGGAGACUGAUUAAAAUUAGUAAUGAUUCAGUUGAGGUCGCAAAGCUAGCGAACGAUGCUAAAGGUUCGUCGUAAAACCGAACGACUCCGGCAUCCUGCUGGACUUUCCGUGGUAAAUUAGGUUUUCUAUAUUUAUUGUAAUAUGGUUAGAAAAGACGUCAGAGAGAAAAACCCACUGGAGCGGUAGGCUGGACAGUAGAUUAGUGAAUCAGAAGGCUAAUGGAAAUAGGGUGUUUAAGUUGCAUAGUACCUUUGCUACCGUUUUGCCAUAACAGUUAGGAAGUUCGUUGCCGCUAAAAUUCUUCUCACUCUACUUGUUGAAUUCGGUAGGUUAAAUUGCACCUUUUUGUUCGACAAUAGCAAACCGCAAAUCAUAUAUUCUCUGUGAUUUUCUAACUACUUGUAGCCUUCUAACAAACUGCUCCGAUCCCCAUAAACCACCUCAAGUGUUACUUCGAAGCCGAUUUUCACGAAUAGAGAAAUGCAUUAGCCGGUGCCCAAUGCACUGCACGUGUACUUUAUGGUUUAUUCCGACUAAAUGAAUGUGAACUACUGUACUGUACUGCGGUUUACCAUCGAAUAGAUGAUGAAUGAUUGAUGUUUGCAAGUAACUACUAUCGUUAGAUUAACCAUAGAUGUAAUUCUAGAUGUUAUUUCCCUUGUUGCUUAUGUACAGAAACCCCUUUUGCUUCACUUUUCCCCUCCUCGAACUGAACAGCUGUUGAACUUCUGUUUACUGACGGAACAGACAUACAUAGAUAGAUAGGAUUUUGUUGGUGCGGUUAAAGCCCGGCAAACUUAGGAAGCCCCAAUCAAAUAAAUGAAAUCCGAGUAAAUGUUUAGCCGUACGCCAUUUCGAUCAUAACAGCAAGAAAAACGAGCAAGUUCGAGCCCCGAGUGUGAAAGCGAAUAGCAUAGUAUUAACUUAACUUAAUUACACUACCGACCCUACAGACCACAAGGAUAGGCCAAACAAUACCAAUAACAACAGACCUCGGCUGUCAUGCGUGUGUACGCAAAAAGUUACGCAAACUUUGGUGCGAACUACUAACUACUUUUAUUGUAAUUGCAUUAUGGAUGACUGAAUUACCAUUAUUACGCGUAGCUGAGAAUGUUCAGCACCUCGCAUAGCUAGAGCUCCUCCCCACCCCAUCGCUGGCGGCUGGUGGGACGGAUGAUUAUGAUCGCGAGUAUGCGAUAAUCUUUCCCGCAACAGGAAAAAAAAAACAAUAGCAAAUCCCUUGCCAAGAGUCAAAUGUAAACAAACCUUCGCUAGGGUAACAGGCAAAGAGACAAAGCCAGUGAGAAGACACUAGUUGCAGUAAAAGAUGUAAAAAAAAUAAAAUUUAUAAUUUAAAAUUA